AUGGACUUCGAGUACAACGCCAACCCCGGCCGUGUCAUCUUCGGCUCAGGCACCAUCCACAAGCUCCCCUCGGAGCUCUCCAAGCUCGGCGCAUCCCGCCCCCUCCUCCUCUCAACCCCACACCAGACCGCCCAAGCCCAAGAUGUCUCGACAAUCCUCCAGGGGAAAACCGCCGCGCUCUUCAGCGAAGCCCGCAUGCACACCCCCACCGACGUGACACAGCGAGCCUGCGACCUCGCGACCUCGUCCAAAGCCGACGCUCUGGUCAGCAUCGGCGGCGGGAGCACCAUCGGGCUGGGUAAAGCCAUCAGCAUCCGAACGGGGCUCCCUCACAUCGCUAUUCCCACGACCUACGCUGGCAGCGAGGUUACUCCCAUUCUGGGAGAGACAGCGGACGGUCGAAAGGAAACUAGAUCAGACCCCAAGAUUCUUCCUACGGUUGUCAUUUACGAUGUCGACUUGACGCUGACUUUGCCUGUUGGGCUUACAGCCACGAGCGGCGUCAAUGCCAUAGCCCAUGCAGUCGAAGCACUCUACGCCCGCAACAGCAACCCCAUCAUCAAUCUCUUGGCAGUAGAGGGUGUGAAAGCGCUGGCAAAUUCCUUACCAGAGCUGAUUCAUGACCCGACGUCCAAGUCUGCUCGUUCCUCCGCCCUCUACGGCGCCUGGCUGUGUGGAACAUGCCUCGGAAGCGUGGGCAUGUCGCUGCACCACAAGCUAUGUCACACUCUAGGCGGAAGCUUCGACUUGCCCCAUGCAGAGACUCACACCAUCGUCCUGCCUCAUGCACUGUCCUACAAUGCGCCCAAGGUGCCGGAGGCGAUGAAGCUUCUCGCGGGGGCGCUGCCGGAGAGUAACGGGGAUGCUAUCAAAGGGUUGAACGUGUUGCUGGGGAAGAUCAAGGUUGAGAGGAGUUUGAAGGCUUUGGGGAUGAAAGAGAGUGAUGUGGACAAGGCUGCAGAUAUUGCUAUUUCGAAACCGUAUUGGAAUCCAAGGGAGGUUGAGCGGAUGGCUAUCAGGGAGGUGAUUCGGAGGGCGUGGGCAGGGGAGGAUGCAAGGGCUGAUUUGUAG